AUGUCAUCGCCCAGUUGUUAUAUUUGCCGUUCCCCAAGGUCACUUAUCGUAUGUCCUCUCUGCUCCGCUAUAGAAUACUGCAGUGACUCCCACCGAUCCAAUGACGCAGACCGCCAUUUUCGGGAAUGCCAAAGAAUCCAACGCGCCCUCACCGCGACUUCCAGGGUUGAAGAACAGAUCUUGGCGAUACGCCCAGCCCCACCACCUAACGAGAAUGGUGAAUACGAAGUAAAUAAAGAUGAUGGGACAAUAUACAAGUUCGAUACAACUGGUUCGGUAGUAAUCCAUAAUGCAACAAUAGAUCCUUCCGAUCCUAUCUACGAUGAUAUCGACGAACAUCCACUUGAAACGUUUCAUAUUUCCAAUGGAGCUAUCAAUGCCGAUUUUCUGGAGAAUAGUGCCCCUCAAGAUGGUGAUGAGGAUUUUAAUAUUUAUUAUGGGAUUUACGACUAUGAUAAGGAAGCAUACGACAAUAACAACAAAAAGGAAAUUUAUGAUCCAUUCAAAAAUAGAAUCCACUUGGUCAACCUCUACAAACCUCUGGAUAGCAGCAUAUAUUGGACGUUUGUAGGUAAAAUGAACGUCUCGAUUCGAAAACACCUGCUUGAAGCCUACCUUGAGGUCAACACGGCGACAGCUGCAAAGAUAGCUUUGAAAUUGGCGGCUGAUCUUCACCUUUUCUCCCGUGUCUCCGAAAAUGGUUUCACGAGCGCUACUAUUACUGCUCUCAUUCGAAACGGGAGGGAUAUAUCAUGCUACAACUAUAUCAUUGACUCCCAAAUCGACAAAUUCGAGUACCCUUCGCUCCUUGGUGUUGAUUCCAACCUCUUCGUCCUGAGGAGAAUUAGAGAACCCGACUCUUUACCAAAGCAUGACAUUAUCAGAGACAGCGGGCAACUUUUUUCAGAGGGCCAAAUUUCUGGUGAUGUUAACUUGGAAACAGCGACCAUACUGCUUCGCCUCAGGUGUAUCCGAGAUCUGAAGAACCUACGCAACUACAACCAGAUCAGCGACUGGCUUCAAAGCAAGCUAAAUUUCGAUUUGGUAGAAAGAAUCCGAGAAGAUAUCCCAGAUUCUGAGACUAUAAGAAAGAACAGAAGAUUCCUACGGCGAGAUGUUCAGGAUAUUGAUACAAUUAUUCGGCAGUUAGAAGCUUGGAAUGAAUGUUCUUUUGAAUCGACAAUGCCACAGUGUAAUGACUUUUGGGAAGAGUUAGUCAAAACUAUUCAGAAGGGCUCUGUUACUUGGGUAUCUGGUGACUUGAAUGUCGGGGAGGAGAUGCGGCAGAGAGCAUUGAUCAUCUAUUGGAAGCUAUGGAGGGAUGAACCAAGCGCAGUCGACCUUAUCAAAAAGUGGCUUGUUAAAUUCGCGGUUGCGUAA